CAUUUCGUAGCUUACCAAGUGAAUAUUUUUCCAAUAGACUUCCUUUUAUAGAUCAAUUUAGUUAACAGAAAUAAACUUUGAUAACAUGCGCACAAAAGCUUGGCCUUUUUUUGGGCAUAUUUUCUUAAUUAUUCCUUCUUUAAUAAAAUUAAAUUUUUGACCCAAUCAAUCUCUUGACCAUGUAGAUAUUUUCCAAGUAGUAAUGAGUCUUAAUGAGUGACCUUUUAUUAAGUUUUUAAUAUACGUUAUCGAUUGAAGUUAUUUGAGGGGAGCGAAGAACCCCCCGUGGCCCACGACAUGAUUGUUUCGUUAAAGUCCGCAUCUUUUGAAUGUUGCAUUUUUUGUUACAAUGUUUUUUUAGCAGAAAACAUGUCGGAUACGUCGGAAGAAAGCUGCAAAGCUGACCGAACAGGCGACGGAGGUGAUAACAUGUGCAGAGAUUUUGCUCGAGGAAUAUGCGAUCGAAAAUUUUGCAAGUACAAACACGAAAAUGAAACAAAACCUCUGAACUUUUGCCACGAUUUUCAAAAUACUGCUUGUCCGCGGCCUAAUUGCAAAUUUAUUCACUGUACUACUGAUGAAGAAGAAGAAUACAAAAAAACUGGUGAAAUGUCUAAUCAGAUUUUGAUCGAAGCAACCCGGAAAUGCCAAUUACCUGGCCUGCAGCCAAUUUGCAACCAGUUCCGAAAAGGUAUGUGUCGAAGAGCUUUUUGCAAAUACAGACACGUAACAAAGGAAGAGGAGGAAGCAGAAAUCAUAGAAGUUUUACAAACUAACAACAAUAACAAGAGAAAGUUUGAUCCACCUGUUGUGGGUCUUAUCCAGACUACAAACAAUAAUACCACUCCUGUUGGAACACCAUUUAAUCAGGCCAAAGGCAUUUUACAGAAUGGAGGGCUUCAGUUCGAAAAAUUUGAUGACUGCAACCCACCAUUACAAAAAAGAAGAUUCAUCCCUCCUAUUAGUAUUGAACUUUUAGAUAACGACAUAAAUAGGCGGAGGCCCUUUUUCAAAGGUUAUGUAGCAGGAAAUCCGCCAAUAUUAACAGGCCUUGAUGCUCAUGCUCUGAUGUUAGAAGAAGAAAAUAACUUGCUGCAUAAAGAAAUUGCACAGCUUAAGAAACAGGUUUCUGAUCUCACUGCGACCAAUGAAUUCUUGUUGGAUCAAAAUGCUACGUUAAGGAUUUCCGGCAAAAGGAAUGGGACCGUUCCCUUACCGGCGGUAACAAUUACUAACACCAUCCCUCAAAAUAAUGCAACGCAACAGGUGAUAAGAACCGUUACAGCAAGUGUGGCAACAGUUCCCGUAUCAAUCGCUAACGUUUCGACCGGCACAGCAGUAUCAGGGAACCCCGUAUCAAUUGCAGGUUGUGCUACUGUUAGCAUGGCACCGCCUGCGCAAAUUUUAGCACCAAGCCAACAAAUACUCGUUACGACUAAUCCGUCGUCGCAACUUGCUCUUGCAAACAGUUCUCAAGCACAGCUCGCAAUUGCUCAGCAGAAUCUCGCAAACAACCUUGCAGCGCAGCAAGCGCAACCGCAACUAACAUCUCAAGCCCAACAGCUGGCCCUCGCAAGCACGACACAGCAACUCACGUCCCAAGCUCAGCAUGUGGCCAACCAACAGCUCGUACUCGCGAGCGCACCGCAACAACUCGCUUCACAAGGUCAGCAGAUAACUAUUACUGGUAAUAGCCAACAACUGGCGCCACAGUCACAUCUCACAACCCAAGCCCAACAACUUGGCCAACAACUCACUUCUCAAGCACAGCAAUUGGCUAAUCAACAACUGACAUCUCAGGCGCAACAAUUGGCAUUAGCAAACACAGGACAACAACUCACAUCGCAGGCACAACAAUUGGCUCUCGCCACAACAGGACAACAGUUAACGUCCCAGGCGCAACAGUUAGCGUUGGCAAAUACGCCCCAACAACUGGCCGUCGCUGCAAACGUGUCUCAGCAGUUGGCACUCGCAAGCAACACUCAACAGUUGUUAGCGCAACAAGCGCAAAAUUUGGCCUCCAGUCAACAACUCGAAAUGCAUCGUAACAGCCAAAUGAAUGCAAUAAACACGUCACAAACAAUGGCGAUGUCAAAUGCAACUCAAUCAAUGAUGUCCUAUCCUAUUAUGACACAAACUAUGUCACACACGCUGCCUCACUGACUUGUUCGGGAAAGGGUAGAUAAUACGGUCUUACGACUAAACAUUAAAGACUUCUUUUUUCCGUAGAAUUAAGGAUUAUUACUAUUAUAAUCGUUAUUACGAUAAGUAAUGAUGGUAUCCUAGAAAUGUGCGUUUAAAUUAUUAUAUUAUGGUAAUUAGGUUUUACUAUGAAUUAAAAGUAUAUUAUAUUACAACUUGCUCCAUUUGCGUGGUUCUUCAUUUAAGAAUUAAUAUAACACUUUCUUUCAUGA